AUGGCAGACAAACACCUCACCCGCCCCGUGGUGGCCCAGGAGGAGGACAGGGCUCCCCAGGAGAGCAGCUCUCCAGCAGAGCCCCAGGAGCUGUGCAUGGCCCAGGACCUGGAGAUGGUCGUUGCUGAGGGAAUGGCUCCGCCGCAGAGGAUCCUCUUUCCCCCAGAGAAGAUUUGCAUGACCUGGCAGCACAGCCAGAGAGCUGGAGCGGGACUGCACAACCUGGGCAACACGUGCUUCCUCAACUCCGUCCUGCAGUGCCUGACCUACACCCCGCCUCUGGCCAACCACCUGCUCUCUGGGGAGCACAGCCGGGCCUGUGGCCAGAAAGGCUUCUGCGUCAUGUGCAGGAUGGAAGUGCACGUUCAACAGGUCCUGCAUUCCUCAGCCAGUGCCAUCGAGCCUUGGGCUGUCGUCGAUUUUCUCACAGAAAUAGGAGAAAAUUUCCAGCAUGGCAGGCAGGAGGACGCCCACGAGUUCUUACGCUGCACCAUGGAUGCCAUGCAGAGAGCUUGUCUGAGAGGAAACAGCGACUUGGACAUGUCCUCUCAAGCAACCACCAUCGUCCAUCAGAUCUUUGGGGGCUUUCUGAGAUCCAGAGUCACAUGCUGGAGCUGCCAAGCGGUUUCCGAUUCCUACGAGGCCUUCCUGGAUGUUCCUCUGGAUAUCAAAGCAGCCGCAUCUGUCACCGCAGCUCUGGAAGACUUUGUGAAACCGGAGCACCUGGAUGGUGAAAACUGCUUUAAAUGUAGCAAGUAAGGCCAUUAUUGAUGAUGUAUUCAUACUGGAUCCUGUGCGAAGGUGUCAUUGAGCAGAAGUCAGCUUUUCACAUUGAAUUAAGGCACAGUAAUGAGACGCAGGUUUUUUAACAUGGCAUUAUGGUACUGAAUAGCCUUAAAAGAGCAGAGGGAUGUGUGAGACAGGAAAGUCUGUCUGGCCUUUGUGGGAAAAAAUGGUGCGUUUCAGCCCUUGGCUCUGUCCUGGCUUUCAAGGUGUGACAAGGUGACUGCCGCCUCCAAGAGGUUCUCGGUCCAUCGCGCGCCCAAGGUUCUCACGGUCUGUCUGAAGAGGUUUGAAGCUUUCACCGGCGACAAGAUCAGCAAGGUGUGUGCACAACUGGAGUGCAACGUUCUCUUCCUG